AUGAAGAUAAUGGAAAGAAAUGUGAUGCGUCUGGCUGUUGUGCAACACCUUCGUACUGCUUAUGGUAUAAAGACGAAGAAUUGGAAUAAAAACAAAACACGCACCAGCUUUAAAUUGACAGCUAACCACUCGGUAAGUCUAUUAUUGUUUUAGCUUGCAAGCUAGAUAAACACUAAAAUGCUUAACGUUACUCUUCGACAGAAUUGUCAAACUUUGAUUGUAAAACAGUGCCUGAAUUAGUCAGUUGGUUGGCUAAGUAGCUAGCAUUAGCUAGCUAAAGUUCCUUGUUUGCGAAUCGAGAAACAGGGUUACGGAAGUGGGUUUUGUUCGUAACAGAUUAGGAUAAUUUACGCAGCAGGUUAGGAGAAUGGUUAGGGUUAGCGAAAAUGCUCUUAUAACGAAAAUCGCUUCGUAACGAAGUGGUGUGAAAAGAGUGUCCCUUUGAGAACCAUUCUGUCUGACUAGCUCAUUUGCAUUCAGUCAGAUCACUUUUGUUAGCCUGUCAUUGUAAUUCACGUUCAUUGUUGGAUUAGUCUGUCCGCCAGAAUUGUGUUGGGGUUAACGCCACAACAACUAGCUAGUUAAGUGAAUUGUUUGUUGUUGCGAAUGAAUCAAAUGAUUGAUAAUAGUAGACACAUUUGGGACACAUUCAUAAAAAUGCAUACAUAAUGGCGCAGUAGACAGUGUUUAAUUGGGCUUGGUGAUGAGACAGUAGUACAAGGCACAUGCUCGCCUUUGGCAGGUAGCCUAAUUUGAUUUAAGGCAAUUGGUUUGGUCCAUUAAGCUCGUACUUUCUUUCCAUGGGGCAGGUCAAAGUUACUGGCAGGAAAUGUACAAAGUAAAAGGCACAGGGCUGUCAUUAUACUGUAGUAGGCUAUAGGCUGUUGUUUUUCAAAAGCACAGCGAGGCAUAUUUUUUCCAGUCUCUCCCUCUAAAAUACUUAGAGGAAUGUUUGGCGCUUGGCAGGCACAACAUAGAGCUAGCUUGUAUUUGAUCAGGUGAUGAGUUACAAACUACUGCCUUGGGCAGUGGAAUCCCUAACCGUUGUAAAACAGCUGUCAGGGCCUUCUGCUGAAUAGGGACAAAUCCCAUGUAAAGACUUGAGUGCCCUUUCACAGAUAUUUCUAUGGAGGGAAGUUUGAUAGGAUACCAAGUUGAAGGUUAUUAGUGAGCUUAGGCCUAUGUAGGAUAAUUAAACCAGCCACCAUGCAAAGCCUUCCUUAUUGAAAUCAAACAUGAACUUGAAGUGGAAAUAAUGACAUUUGUUUUAACAUGUUUUCCAGGUGAAAGUGUUUGGUGUACCGCUGGAGAGCCUUCCGCAGUACAAUGUGGAGAAUGGGAGUAUACCAUGGUAAGAUAAACACCUGUCUUAGCUAGAACUUCUUUCUAACAAAAUGUUUUGUCGUCCUUUAUUUGUGUGUAUUAGGCCUAUUCUCUGUCCUUUUUUUAGGUCUAAUGUUUCUCCCAUCCCCUUGCUCUCCCAGCUUUCUCAUGGAUGCGUGCGCAAGUCUGCUGGAGCAUUUGGAUACAGAGGGCUUGUUCAGAAAGUCUGGCUCCAUUGUUCGUCUGAAAGCUCUCCAGGUGAGUGAUGGCUGGAGGUUGACCUUGCUAUGAAUAGGGAGGCCCUGGCUGCUGGAAUAGUUAAACAGAAGGCCGUGUUUGUUUUGUCUGUGCAGGUGAAGUUGGAUAAGGGUGAGGAGUGCCUGUCCACUGCCCUGCCGUGUGAUGUGGCUGGCCUGGUCAAGCAGUUCUUUAGGGAGCUGCCGGAUCCUGUCAUGCCCACAGAGCUGCAUGAUGCCUUCCUCAAGGCCCAGCAGCUGCACACAAAGGAGGACAGGACCUAUGCCACCCUGCUGCUGUCCUGUGUACUGCCUGACAGGAACAUGAGCAUUCUACGUUACUUUUUUGGCUUCCUCAACAAAGUCUCUCAAAGGUGUAAUUUCACAAGUUUGUCUAGUCAUUAAAUCGUAUAAUUUCACACUGUACCAUUUCGGACUUGGUCAAUAAUUAUUUCUCAACCUGGUUUUUCUUUUUCUCUCAGGAGUGCUGUGAAUAAGAUGGACAGCAGUAACCUGUCUGUGAUCCUGGCUCCCAACCUCCUGCACACUGGAGAUGGGGCAGACAAGAUAAAUGCCAGCACAGAGAAACGCCUCAAGCAACAGGCAGCCGUGGUCCACUGCCUUAUAGAACACGCUUCAGACUUCGGUAGCAGUUCAAGCCUUGUUAUUGUAGUGUCAUCAAUCAACUGGUGAUUGAAAGUUAAAAGGGAAUGUCCAUAGCAAACAGUGUCUAAAUGCGUCUCUGUGUGGUAGGUGUGGUACCUCAGCUAAUCAUGGAGAAGAUUCCAGCCAUGCUGGGCUGUGAGGCUGGUGUUCUGUCCCCUACUCUAGACGGACUAGAGGACUUGGACACAAACUCGGGGGCCAAGAGAAGAUGCAGGCGCAGUUUAGGGGGUAAGAUACCCUGGAAAAACUGGGCAGAACAUUGCCUGCAGGAAUUGAUGUAUUCUUUCCAGCAUUGGGUCGUCUUUGAAAUGAUAUUAAACAAUCCAAUGUUAUAGGCUUAUUCUUCCUCCUCAGUAAAGCACCAUUGAAUUUCAAGAUAUGGAAUGGUUUUUGCAUUGCAGAUAUGGUCAAUGGAGCUCUGAAUAAGUUAAAAACAAAUAGAACACCCACAAAUACGCCACAGUCAGACAGAUAUGGUAGGUACCGAGGUUAGGUUUUGCCUCCUGCCGUCGAAUGAGAGCAUCAAUGCCCCGUAGCUCUGACACAUUCAUUUAAUCCGUCUUCUAACAAGGAAUCAGCUGCUUGUCUUUCAUAGAAAUGCAACUCUUAAUUUAUAUUUGAUCUCAGAUUUUCAAUUGUGCUUAUGUAGUGAAUGAGUAGCAACACUGUCUUGUCAUUUUCCCCAGCUAUUUAUUGAAUGAUUUGAUGCCUGCCCAAAUUGUCUUGCCUACUCUUUGACUGUGUGCUUGUCUUUGGCUUUAAUCUUCUCAAUCAAUGCUAAUCAAAAAUCUUUGAAAUAUUUCAGCUGUUCAGUUAUGAAUAAUUUUCAGUGGGAGACUUGGACCUAAUAGUAAAUUCACUCUUGUGAUUUUUCCCAGUCUUUUCCUCUGCAACUCAUGUGAUAAUUACUCCCAUCUCCAAGAGAGAAAUUCCUUUGGAAUCUGGUCAUAGUUAUGGAUUCUCCAACAAACGGCGAUCCAUCAAAAAUGACCUUGCUUUAGAGUUACUGCCUAAUGCUCUGUUCGGUGGAAGCUCCACUCCUGGAUCAGGUAACUCCCACAAGGACUCACCGCCGUAUUUAAUUAAAACUGUUAUUUAUUUUUUACUAAAAAGAGUGUUCAUGUGCAUUUGUGUGUUGCUCCUGUUUUUCAGGAUACCUGGAUCCCAGUGCCUCAGAAUCCCUCGUUUCCUCCCAGAAUGCUUUGUCCUCAGUUGGGAGGUCCAGCAGGCAAUCUGCCAGCUCUGCAAGGAGAAAGAGCAAACGACUGAGUCACCGGCAUUUUGUCAACAGGUACAUACAGUGAGGGGAAAAGGGUAUUUGAUCCGCUGCUGAUUUUGUAUGUUUGCCCACUGACAAAGACAUGAUCAGUCUAUAAUUUUAAUGGUAUGUUUAUUUGAACAGUGAGAGACAGAAUAACAACAACAAAAAUCCAGAAAAACACAUGUCAAAUGUUAUAAAUUGAUUUGAUUUUAAUGAGGGAAAUAAGUAUUUGACCCCUCUGCAAAACAUGAUUUAGUACUUGGUGGCAAAACCCUUGUUGGCAAUCACAGAGGUCAGACGUUUCUUGUAGUUGGCCACCAGGUUUGCACACAUCUCAGGAGGGAUUUUGUUCCACUCCUCUUUGCAGAUCUUCUCCAAGUCAUUAAGGUUUCAAGGCUGACGUUUGGCAACUCGAACCUUCAGCUCCCUCCACAGAUUUUCUAUGGGAUUAAGGUCUGGAGACUGGCUAGGCCACUCCAGGACCUUAAUGUGCUUCUUCUUGAGCCACUCCUUUGUUGCCUUGGCUGUGUGUUUUGGGUCAUUGUCAUGCUGGAAUACCCAUCCACGACCCAUUUUCAAUCCCCUGGCUGAGGGAAGAAGGUUCUCACCCAAGAUUUGACGGUACAUGGCCCUGUCCAUCGUCCCUUUGAUGCAGUGAAGUUGUCCUGUCCCCUUAGCAGAAAAACACCCCCAAAGCAUAAUGUUUCCACCUCCAUGUUUGACGGUGGGGAUGGUGUUCUUGGGGUCAUAGGCAGCAUUCCUCCUCCAAACACGGCGAGUUGUGUUGAUGCCAAAGAGCUCGAUUUUGGUCUCAUCUGAUCACAACACUUUCACCCAGUUCUCUGAAUCAUUCAGAUGUUCAUUGGCAAACUUCAGACGGCCCUGUAUAUGUGCUUUCUUGCUUGCGGGCGCUGCAGGAUUUCAGUCCUUCACGGCGUAGUGUGUUACCAAUUGUUUUCUUGGCGACUAUGGUCCCAGCUGCCUUGACCAUUGACAAGAUCCUCCCGUGUAGUUCUGGGCUGAUUCUUCACCGUUCUCAUGAUAAUUGCAACUCCACGAGGUGAGAUCUUGCAUGGAGCCCUAGGCUGAGGGAGAUUGACAAUUAUUUUGUGUUUCUUCCAUUUGCGAAUAAUCACACCAACUGUUGUCACCUUUUCACCAAGCUGCUUGGCGACGGUCUUGUAGCCAAUUCCAGCCUUGUGUAGGUCUACAAUCUUGUCCCUGACAUCCUUGGAGAGCUCUUUGGUCUUGGCCAUGGUGGAGAGUUUGGAAUCUGAUUGAUUGAUUGCUUCUGUGGACAGGUGUCUUUUAUACAGGUAACAAGCUGAGAUUAGGAGCACUCCCUUUAAGAGUGUGCUCCUAAUCUCAGCUCGUUACCUGUAUAAAAGACACCUGUGGGCCAGAUAUCGUUCUGAUUGAGAGGGGGUCAAAUACUUAUUUCCCUCAUUAAAAUGGAAAUCAAUUGAUAACAUUUUUGAUUUUUUUGUUAUUCUGUCUCACUGUUCAAAUAAACCUACCUUUAAAAUUAUAGACUGAUCAUUUAUUUGUCAGUGGGCAAACGUACAAAAUCAGCAGGGGAUCAAAUACUUUUUUCCCUUACUGUACAUCAUGUGGUUUAUCGACGGCUAUUUCCUGAUCCUAUGUGGUAAUGAAAAUGCAUCCUGUUCCUGUAUUGCUCAAGCAGAUGACAACUAUGUUCAAGCUGAUAACAGUCUCAAACACACCAACCUUUUCCUGUCACUCUUCUCUCUGUUGCAUUGGAGGAGAGGCCUUCUCAUUAAAUGUUUAUAUUGUAUAAUAUGUAUAACUUGACAAUGGUUGAAACGGUAGGUUCUUGUCUGUUUUUCAGAGUAGAGUCGGGGAAGGCUGGUUGCUUCUCUCCCAAGGUCACCAAGAAAGAAAACGUUCGCAAGUCCCUGCGCCUUCGCUUCAGCCUGGGAAAGAGCAGCAGAGACCCUGUAAGUGCAGAUACCCAUGUAUGACCUCACACCGAUUAUCUGCUCCUCAAAUGGGAGGAAAAGACUGUUCUCAAUCCCAGCCUUGAUGAACCCCCCCUUAGCAAAUUGACUAAUUGUAUUAAUCAGAAUAAAUAAUCUACAUUUAUGCAUGGGAUGCAAUUGUAAGGUCCAAUUUUGCACAGUAGCACUUUCUAAUCUUGCUGUUGAUUUUAUGGCAAUUUGGGCAUAUGUUUCCUUUCAAUAAUGCAUGCUCAGUUAAUAAAUUGACCAUUUUAGGUUAUUGUGAACUUUUACUUUAAAUCAAACAUUCUUGUUUUCAAGACGGGAAUUCCGUUAUUUCUGCAUGACUGUUAUGUAACAUUUGAUGGAAUGUUUAUACUGAUAAACUAGUGAACCAAGAUGUUUAUAUUCUAGGAUAUGAAAUAUUUAAUAUAUUAACCAAAUAUUAUAUUGAACUGAACUGUAACUUGGUUUAUGUUUAACAUGGUUCACUUUAUAAUGUGCAUACUGAUGUAUAUUUGCAAUUUAAUAAAACAAUGUUGACCAACACUCAUUUCUUCUGAGUAACUUUUUACCAUACACGAAGACCCUUAAAUUACGAUCCAUCAGAUUUUCACAUAACUAAACAAGGUUUUAGUGUAAGGCAACAUUUUAUAUGCUUGACAAAAAAGUAUAUGCCUCCAUCCCAACAAUGUCAUUUCUCAUUCCAUGCUGGCGAUUCAGAGAAAGGGUUCAGAGUCCAUUGGUUGGCGACUUGCCACUCAAGAGCGCACCACCAGUUUUUGCUUCACCAAAGAAGCCAAAUUUAGCCCUGCUGUUUUGCGAAACAAGAGCGCCUCAAAGGGUGAGUCCCUUUUUUAAAACCUAACGUUUUUCAUAAUGUACUUUCAUAAUUUGUGCUAAGAGCUAAAGUAAUGCAUGAAAUGGAUCAGUGUUUGUUGUCCCUUGAGGGAAGCGAUGUCUGCUACUGCCAACUGUGCUCCACAGGCUCCAAGUUCUACAGUAAGUCAGAGGACAACCUGCUAACCCCCCAGUGUGACGGCAGCGCCCUCCGGACGUCCUGGAGUGGGGAGACCCCUGAUGAGGGCCACGUCUUCAGCGGAGGCUACUUCACCGACACCCCUAUUAACAUGUGUCUGAAGAACAACUACUACUCUGAGCCGGCCAUCAUGGUGGCCAAGCCCCCCAUGGUGGCCAGCUUCCCCAAGAAGCUGUGCUGUGCCUCCAGAGCUGAGAGCCUGGAGAGUGAGGGCUCGUUCAGCCAGACCCUGACCGGGCCCACCCUGCUCAAGAUCAAAAGAGCCUUCACUGAGUCCGGCAGCGACCUGCAGGGAGUCCUGAGGGACUACAGCUCCCCCUCUGAAGAGGUAAAGGCAACACAGCCUGAGCACACUCAAACAGAUUCAACUCCUUCUGAAUAUUCUACACUCAAAAGUGUGUCACCAAACAAAGAGAGUUCUGGCAUGCCAACACCUUGGAGUCAUCUGGCUGAUGACCAGAACAUCACAUUUGGUCAGAUCGAGUUUGUUCCUCUGUCUCCCUUGUAUAUAGACAGUGCCCUGUUUGAAGUGGGAGGGUGUGGCAGUCUGUCAGAGAAGGUCUGUGACUGGUCGCUGUGUGCUGGUGACAGGUCUGUGGAGGGAGAGGCAGAGACUGUGGCUGAGCAGGUGAACUGCAGCAGAGUGAUUGAUGCCCUGGACAUCCAGAGCCCUGCUCACUUCACACGCAAGCUCGCUGCUGGGGUCCAGUCCACUCCAUAUAGAGUUUCAGGGCUGGAGUACUUUCAGGAGCUCAAGACCCCUCUUCCCCCUGUGGGUGCAGUGCCUGUAAUGGUACAUGAUGAUGAUGAUGCUGUGGCAUCUCCAGAUCCCAGUACCCACCCCCAGAGGCAGGAACAGCAGCAGGUGGAGAAGCCUUCCCCAGGCACCCUGGAGACCCGCAGGCUAAGGGUGGUAGACCACAUCCAGCGCUUCAACAAGCUCACCUUGUAUUCACCCAAAUCGCAGGCCAAAGCAGUCAGGUCCCCCCUCAAGUUCCAGCGUACUCCCGUGCGCCAGUCUAUCCGCAGGAUCAACUCCUUGCUGGGGGACAGGAGGCCUGUACCGACUAGGAUCACCUCCUCCAGCCAGGGAACCCCAAUCCCUGUGGGGAAGGCUGUCAGCCUGGAGAGUGGCCUGUCUGCUGGGGCUCAGUGCCAGCCUCACCAGGGCGAGGCAGACAACCAGGGAGGCCCCACACUUGACAAGGUCCGCUCCACAAAUACCCGCCCUCCUCCAGUCCCACCUAAGAAGCCAGCCAGCAUUGCCCGCAAACCCAGAAAUUGCGCUCUGGGUGACGUGACCAACAAGGUACAACCGAAGGCCAAAGGUGACACACCUGUUAAGAAAGGCCCAGGAGGUAAAGGUCAGCCGUCUGUGGUGCAGCAGGUGGCUGAGAAGGAUGUGUGUCGCUACAGAGGCUCCCCCAGGAACCCCCUCAACGAGGGCAGACUGCUGUCAGCCACCAAGCCCAUAGACCUCUAGUCUAGUAGAACUCACCCUUCACUUCCCCCUUUUACUAUAAAGGUCUCCCUAUCUGGAUAUAUAUACUGUCUCACUGUAUGACUUCAAAACAUUCCCUCUAUUUCUAUGUCUUUAGUUGUUUUCAGGGGUUUAAUUUAUUUGACUUCCUAGAUGCUGUUCUCUGAGUGCUUGGGGUGACUGAUCUGUUGCAUUGCCUUAAAGUGGUUUACUCUGUUGGUAAAAGAGGAGUUUUGCACAUGCAUGUCCGUGUAAAGGAAUGAGUGUAUUUUUAAAGGUGUUUGUAGUCUGUUAGACUAGUGUGAAAGCCAAAUGGAAACUGUUAAGGGCAAUUUUUUACUAUUUUAAUUUGCAUUUGAUUAAACAUGUGA